AUGACGAAAGAGGGCCCUGCAACCCCGAGCCAGCUUCCCCAGUCCCGCAGGUGGGUCGUCCACCUGAAGGCCUUUAUGGAGACAAUAUUCAUAGCCAUUAUAAUGGUUCCGAACACAAUGUACUAUGGCUCUGUGAACGCCCUAUCACAACUCUUGCUUAAGACUUACGGCGAUAGCAACAUCAUUACAAACUCCUCACUCAUGCACUCUGUGCCGUCGAUCUUUUCUGCAUUCAGCGUAUCCUUCUUCACGGACGUCUUAGGGGUUGAGUUUAUGCUUCUGCCCCUACAGACCCUUAUCCUGAUUGGCUGCAUCUGCUCAGCGCUAGCAAAGAGCUCAGGAGUCUUCCUCAUCGGAAGAUUCUGUUACGGGCUUUGUGGAGAAGGCCUUAUUAUGGUCCAAUCAAAGCUGAUUUCCAACCGGAUUCCCCGCCAGUGGCACCCCUUUGCCUUUGCACUCAUAUUCUGUGGAUUUAUGCUUGGAGAGUCCAUCUCUAGUAUAUUCAUUGGAAAAAUGGACUCCGUUCCAUCUGCAUAUUUCAUAAUAGCAGCAUGCAUGUUGAUUAGUCUGCUCAUUGAGGUGACAUAUACAGUUCUUGAAGUAUUUAGACGCAGAAAAGAAAAGACCACCGAUGUCCAAGGAUUGGCGUUAUCCGAGACACUUAGUGAUAGCAUAGCAAUGAACCCACAGACACAGACACAAAUGCAAGCACAGCCUAGAUCAUCAUUGCAGCACAGAUGCAAAGAUAUGUUCACUGCAGUAACCGAUUGUAUUAAGACAGCGCGGCCGUUGCUCUGGAUGAUGGUUGUAAGCCGUCUUUUGUUCAUGGGGACCCGUAUGGGAUACGAUUCUACCUCUGUCCUGUUUCUAACGGACAUCCUUGGCCUAGAUAACGACACUAUUGUUUCUGCUGUGGGUGUUUCUCAAAUAUCAUCAGCGGUUUCCUUCUUGUUGAUGGGCUUUCUUGUCAGCUUUUGGCAGCUUGGCCCAAUACUAAUUAUUAUCUGUGGAUACAUCUCUCUACUGGGUGCAGUGAUGACACUCUACUUCUUUAGGAGCUCAGACCCUCAGCAGACUGUCCGAUCAUGCUAUCUAAUUUGCAUUUUUGUUGGCAUCAGCUUUGGAUUCUUUGCCAGCAAUAGCUCGGCCGUUAUAGUGUCUCUUUCAAAGAAGGCCAUGGCUGCAUCUGGUUUGGGGCUUGUCUUUUCAAUGCAGUUUCUCAUCAUGAGCAUCAUUGUGCCCCUUGCCAUGUAUGUUGCAAGGACCAACUCGUACCGGACGGCAUGCUGGGUAUACAUCGGAGUCCUACUAUGUGCAGCACCCUUUUUACUCACAGUGUUUACAAAGCUAGCAAUCAACUACUCACAAACUAGGAAAAAAAGAAAAGCUGUCAAAAUCUGCGAUGAUGGAGAGAUACAACCAUCUACUAGUGUGUCUUCUGUUAUUAACCUGGAUAGUGCCCCAGCAAGUACUAUAGAAUCAAAAGCCUAG